AUGGGCGUUGCCGUCAUUAACGGCCCAAUAGUAACGGCGUUCCUCGAGGACAGAGAAGCCUUCGACAGAUGCGCCGAGGAGCAAUUCGCGAGCUUCGACGCUAACGGUGACGGAGUCCUGUCACGUGCGGAGCUCAUGGUAGGAUUCGAGGAGCUGCGGUUCUUCGAGCCCCACGCCGAAUUAACCGCCGAGGAAAUCGACGCUCUGUUCGACAAAGUCUUCGAGCGCUUCGACUCGGAUCGAAACGGAACCGUUGAUCUAGACGAGUUUAAGGCGGAGAUGAGGGAGAUCAUGAGCGCCGUGGCGCGAGGAAUGGACGAAGUGCCGAUCUUCGUCCCGCUUGAAAGCGACAGCUUCCUGAUGCGGGCGGCCGAGUACCAGGCGUCCAAAACCGGGAAGAAACUAGUGUGUUAG